AAAUUCCGUAAAUCAGUCAAGUAUUUUUCGGCGAAGCGUAACAUGAGUCAAGUGAACCCAGAAAUGCUUAAGAGCGACGUAGCAAGCCACAAUCAAAUAGAAUAUGACAUAUUGGAAAAUUCAACUGAUCUUAAUUUUACAAAUACAUGCGUUACUAUCAGUUGUCAAUCUACGAUGUAACCAGGAUUAGUAACAUACAUGAGUUGCGAAGACUAUAAUGACGCUUGAUUCAAGCAGAGAAGUAAUUGUCAAACCAUCCAAUGUAUUUUUUCAUCGCUCUGAUAAGGGGAAUUUUAAUACAUGUGAGGUUUUAAUUGUGAACAAAUCGGCUCGAACACUGCGUUUUAAAGUUUUGUCUACUGCUCGGUCCAGAUACACACUUUCGACUUGUAAGGGCCUACUAAAAUCUGGGGAGUUUGUCAAGACGGAUAUUUCGGUAUCGAGAAUCCCAGUGAAUGAUGACGUUGCCAAGGAUUUUUUCAAGGUUCAGUUCUUCGACUCCAUCGACGGUUCUGCCUUUUGUGAACACUACAUAUGUUCAACCAUUUCACGUAAUCCAUCUCAAAAUGUCAUCAGUCGUGAUUCAGAUUCGUGCAGCACUUGGCCAAGUCGAUACCAUGAUGUGGGAUUAUCUGUUGCCAGUCUACGUGCAGCUUCUUUGUCACGCGCAAUUGGAGAUUUAGUUGGGUCUGAAAAGCACUCAGUGAAUUCAAAGGCCUAUUUGUCAGUGGAUCGUGCAAAAAGUUUGGUUUUUCCAAACUUUUCAUCCACGAUGAAGGUACAGAAAACAAUAACAAAUCCGAAUACGUUAAAAAUUGGUCAUGUCAAUAAUGCUAGUGAAACGGGGAACAGUAAAACGGGCGUUUUACUCCUUUAUGAUCUAUUUUAUAGUUUUUUAUUUCUAUUAAGUGUGGUAGUUUGUUUGUUUGGCAUAUUACUACCAUUUCUUCCGUAUGAUAUUAAAUUAUGGUUGUUGUCAAAAAUUCUACGUGAAUCACCAAAAUCAGAUUAUCCUGCCAGUAUGCCUAAUUCACUAGCAUUUCCGUAUGAUGCAAAGUUUUAUAAACAAACGUCUAGCAGUGAUACUACGUAUUCAUCAGCUACUGAAUGCCCUGCAGGUGAUAAUCUAUCAAAGGAUGAAUUCAAUCGUCAGACUCGUUUGGCUUUUGUUGCGUUUAAAGCAGCUUUUCAUAGUAUUUGCAAAGCAUUGAUUGCUUUGGAUCCGUCAGUUGCAAUUGCCAAUAUGUCAUGGUUUUGUCUCGGUUUAUUAAUCAUGUAUCGUUGGACAAAAAGGCGUUAA